ACGACUCUCUUGUCAAAAACAACAGACUUAUUCAUUUCUCCCCAUACCCCUUGCCACCAGUUCUAGAUGAUGAUGCCUUUUCCAGAAAUAGCCGUCAGUUCUACCGUUUCGGUCGAAACUACCCUCCUUAUCAAGAUAAAAGGUUUCUUCGCUUCGGCAGAUCACAGCCGGCACUUGACGAAUAUUUGCUACUUCAGCAAUUACGCCAAUCUCCGCUCAGAAAAAGGAGAUCACAGGAUUUAGAUGUCAAAGAUGGGCUUCUGCACAGGACUGCCCGCUCAGCGGACAAGAAGCAGCAGCCAACCAAUACCGAAUUAGGGAAAGAUCUGCAAAAGAGGGAAACAAAUAAGGACAAUGUAAAUAUUAAUGAGAACCUGUCGCGAGAGAUUGUUGCAAGCGAGGAGCAGGAUCUGAAUAAACGAUUCAUGAGGUUCGGAAAACGGUUUAUGAGGUUUGGAAGAGGAGACGAAGAUGAAAGCUAUGAUAAAAGGUUCAUGAGGUUCGGGAAAAGCUUAGGCGAAGAUCAGAAUUCCGAUAAACGGUUCAUGAGGUUCGGAAAACGAUUUAUGAGAUUUGGAAGAGGCGACGAGGAGGAAUCUAGCGAAGAAAAGAGGUUCAUGAGGUUUGGGAAGAGUGGAAAAGAGGACGGAGAUGUUGACAAGAGAUUCAUGAGGUUCGGCAAGCGAUUUAUGAGAUUUGGACGCGGAAGUACAGAUGAAGACAGUGACAGCUUUGACAAAGACAUCGAAGACAAACGGUUUAUGCGGUUCGGCAAAAGAAAUAGAAGAUCACAACAUAUGAUGACUGAAAAUCUGCGACACAAUGAGAAUUUGGAGACGGAAAAGAUACACGCAAAGAAAACAGAGAACAAUGGCUACAUCAGGUUUGGCCGAAACGAUCCCUUCUUGAGGUUUGGUAAAAAGAACGACCCUUUCCUUCGAUUUGGCAAACAAGACCCGUUCUUGAGGAUCGGCAAACAGGAUCCGUUUCUGAGGUUUGGCCGUCAAGACCCGUUUUUGAGGAUCGGAAAACAAGACCCAUUCUUGAGGAUCGGAAAACAGGAUCCGUUCCUGAGGAAUGAUCCUUAUCUGAGGUUCGGUAGGAAUGACCCGUACUUGAGGUUUGGAAGGAAUGAUCCCUUUCUUAGAUUUGGCAAAAGUUUUGAUGGUCAGAUAGAGUCAGGAGUGGAUGCAGUUACAUUGUCCAGGUAUUUGUUUCUGUGUGUGGUACAGUUAACUGAUUAA